AUGGCACCACCACCGCUGCCCUUGCUCUGUCUGUACAUCGCGGCCGUGCACCUAGUGGGAGCGCGAGAUGCUAACCCCACCAAGGAGCGCACUGCAGCCACCAGGGAUCCUGUAGGAUGGCCGCCAGACCCCGGCCAGCCCUCCCCAGCCCUGGAGGACUGGGAGGAGGCCAGCGAGUGGACGUCGUGGUUCAACGUAGACCACCCCGGAGGAGAUGGCGACUUCGAGAGCCUGGCCGCCAUCCGCUUCUACUACGGUCCCGCGCGCGUGUGCCCGCGGCCGCUGGCGCUGGAGGCGCGCACCACAGACUGGGCGCUACCGGCCUCCAUGGGCGAGCGCGUGCACGCCAACCCGGCACGCGGUUUCUGGUGUCUCAAUCGGGAGCAGCCCCGAGGCCGCCGCUGCUCCAACUACCACGUGCGCUUCCGCUGCCCAGUGGAGGCCGCGUGGGGCUCAUGGGGCGCGUGGGGUCUCUGCUCCAAGAGCUGCGGGCCAGGCCGUCGCCUGCGCCGCCGCAGCUGUCAAAGCUCUUCUGGGGAUACGUGUCCUGGGAGCUCCCAGGAGGCGCAGAAGUGCGUGAGGUCCAGGUGCCCAGGGUGUAGCUCUGACAGCUGUGGGUGCUCUGACCACAUCCUCUUGGGCUCAGUGGUCACCCCAUCUGGGCGACCACUGCCAGGAGCCAGGGUCUUCCUUCGAGCCGGACCUGGCACUGUAGCCACCAGUGACACCCAUGGAACCUUCGGGGUUCCUGGAGUCUGUGCUGGCAGUCAGGUCAAUGUCAGUGCCCAGAUGGAUGGCUUCUCAGUUGGUACAGCCCAGGCCCAUGCCAACAGCUCCAACUCAGCCGUGGUCACCAUCGUCCUUAAAGAGUUAGGAAAGCCAUACCUGGUAAAACACCCCGAGUCCCGAGUGAGAGAGGCAGGUCAGCAUGUGAUCUUCUGCUGCAAGGCUUCGGGGACCCCCAUGCCUAAGAAAUAUUCCUGGUUCCACAACGGGACCCUGCUGGACCGGCGGCAGCACGGGUCUGGGCCGCACCUGGAUCUCCAGGGUCUUCGCGAGGACCAGGCAGGGGACUACCACUGCAAGGCCUGGAACGAGGCUGGCGCCGUGCGCUCCCGCGCCGCCCAUCUCACAGUGCUCGCUCCCGGCCAGCCGGCCUGCGACCCCCGACCUCAGGAACAUUUGAUCAAGCUUCCCGACGACUGCGGCCAGCCCGGCGGCGGCCCCGCAUACCUAGACGUGGGCCUGUGCACCGACACGCGCUGCCCGGGCCCCGUGGGCUCUGGCCCUCGCUGUGGGGACGCGGGCGCUCGCUGCUGCUCAGUGCUGCGCCUGGAGAGCAGGGACAUCCGCUGUUCCGGCUACGUGCUCCCGGUGAAGGUGGUGGCCGAGUGUGGCUGUCGCAAGUGCCUGCCCCGACGGGGGCUGGUGAGGGGCCGCGUGGUGGCUGCGGACUCGGGGGAGCCCCUGCGCUUCGCCAGCAUCCUGCUGGGCCGUGCGCCCAUCGGCUUCACCUCCUACCAGGGCGACUUCACCAUCGAGGUGCCGCCGGCCACCGAGCGCCUUGUGGUGACCUUCGUGGACCCGAGUGGCGAGUUCGUGGACAGCGUUCGCGUGCUGCCUUUCGACCCCCGCGGCGCCGGCGUGUACCACGAAGUCCGUGCGCUGCGCAAGGCGGCCACAGUGCUGCUGGACGCGGAGCGCGGCGGUGCAAUCCCGCUGGGCGGCGCGGAAGAGGCGGCGGCUCCUGCGCUAGGUGAGCUGGUUUUGCCGCCCGGUACCUUCCGCCACCCCGACGGUCGUCCCUACGCCGGGACGGUGGAAGCGCGUGUCACCUUCGUGGACCCCCGUGACCUGGCGUCGGCGCGCGCGGCGUCCAGCGACCUGCGCUUCCUGGACAGCUCGGGGGAACUGGCGCCGCUGCGCACCUACGGCAUGUUCGCGGUCGACCUGCGCGCGCCCGGCUCUGCAGAGCAGCUGCACGCGGCGCGCGCAACCGUGCGCGUGGACGCCGAGCACGUGCGCAUGCCCGGCCACGCGGAGGCUCUGGCACUCUGGUCACUGGAGCCGGAGACCGGCCUGUGGGAGGAGGAGCGGGCUGAGCAGGGAGGAGGAGACUUCCGGCAUGAGGAGGCAGCGGCGCGCGUGCGCAGGGAGGAGCGCGCCUUCCUCGUGGGCGCGCUCACCGUGCGCGAGCGCCGCCUCUUCAACCUGGACGUGCCCGAGCGGCGCCGCUGCUUCUUGAAGGUCCGCGCCUACGGCACCGACCGCUUCGCGCCCGCAGAGCAGGUGCAGGGCGUGGUGGUGACGCUGCUCAACCUGGAGCCCGCGCCCGGCUUCACGGGCAACCCGCGCGCGUGGGGCCGCUUCGACAGCGUGGUCACCGGGCCCAACGGCGCGUGCGUGCCCGCCUUCUGCGACGCCGAGCGGCCCGACGCCUACACGGCUUUGGUGACAGCGUCUCUGGGCGGCGAGGAGCUGGAGGCUGCGCCGUCGCGGCCACGCGCGACCGCGGCCACAGUUGGUGUGGCGCAGCCCUUCCUGGAGCGCCUCGGCUACCAGCGCACAGACCACGACGACCCGGCACUCAAGCGCACAGGCUUCCGCGUGAAUCUUGCGCGGCCACGCGCGGGCCGUGAGUCCGAGGCGCGUGGGCCCGUGUAUCCGUGGCGCCGUCUGAGAGACUGCGAGGACGCGCCGGUCACCGACAGCCACUUCCGGUUCUCGCGCGUGGAGGCAGACAAGUACGAGUACGACGUGGUGCCGUUCCGGGAGGGAGCGCCCGCCUCGUGGACUGGAGACCUGCUGGCCUGGUGGCCCAACCCGCAGGAGUUCCGCGCGUGCUUCCUGAAGGUGCGGCUGCAGGGCCCGCAGGAGUACAUGGUACGCUCGCACAACGCGGGCGGCACCCACGCGGCCACUCGCGGCCGCCUCUAUGGCCUUCGCGACACCCGCAGCGUGCGCCAUCCCGAGCGCCCCGGCGCCUCGGCCGCCUGCGUGGAGUUCAAGUGCGGCGGCAUGCUGUUUGACCAGCGCCAGGUGGACAGGACGCUGGUGACCGUGACCCCGCAGGGCAGCUGCCGCCGCGUGGCCGUCAACACACUCCUGCAGGACUACCUAGCCCGCCACCCACCACCUGCUCCCAACGACGACCCCACGGCCUUCGCUAUGCUCGCUCCGCUCGACGCGCUGGGUCACAACUAUGGCGUCUAUACGGUCACUGACCAGAGCCCGCGGCUGGCCAAGGAAAUCGCCAUUGGCCGCUGCUUCGACGGCUCCUCCGACGGCUUCUCCCGGGAGAUGAAGGCGGAUGCGGGCGUGGCUGUCACCUUCCAGUGCCGCGAGCCCCGCUCCAGACCCAGCCUCUUCCAGCGGCUGCUGGAGAACCCAGAAUCAGCGCUCGGUGACAUCCGUAGGGAGAUGGGCCAGACCACCCGCGAUUCCCAGGUUGCCCAAACCCAGGCCAGAGAUUCUGGCCCCUUAGUAGUGCACCCCGGACAGUGACCUAGUCCACGACCUCAUUCCUUUUUCUUGCUUUAGACUUGUCUUCAAAAAGCCUUGCCCCAUUUGUCCCCAGGCUUCUGGUUCCCGUUUCCCCUUUCCUGCCCAGAAUUCGGUGAAGACCAAAACUACGGGUGCUGAUGGAAGUUUUGGGCAGGCAGCUGUGGCUCUGUGACCAGAAAGAAUGUCCUGCUGUGGUUGAAGCCAGGGCCGGGGACAUGGUUAUCCACCUGUGCUUCACUCCAGCUGAGGCGGGUUCUGGUUCACACCCAUGCCCUGUCCUUUCUUUCAGGUGCCCUGGGUCUGCAGCCUGUUUGUGAGCUGUGUGGGGCUCCUUGCCCAGCUUUGGUUCUUUCGGUUCUGAGGUCAUAUUUAUUGAGAUAAAGUCCCAAGUAGGAGGGUGAGAAUGGGGGUCCGGUGGGGAAAGGUGCUUUGGGGUCCCCAUGCAGUGGAAGCCAGGGUACUUGGGAAUGCCCUCUGCUUGGGGGCAGGUGCU